CUGUGAGAGACUUGGUCAGCUUCUAUGUUCUUUGCGUUUCAUUUACUUGGAAAAGUAACAUAAAAUUAAAUGUAUCUUAUCCAAAAUUUGUGGAGGAAGAAAAGUUGGUUUAUUGUCUCUCUUGAGAUGCUAAAGGGGAGACUGCCCAAGUUAUUUGCUGAAGUACCAGAGAUAUUAAUUAGAGUAGAGGUUGAUAACUAGCUCUACUCCCAAGGCAUUUUCAGAUUUCUGCUAGAUCUUUGGAGGAUGGUUCUCACAGAAGAGAAAAAAUAUGAACCAUUAAAUUCAGACACUCUUUCAAUAGUAACGGCUUGCAGCAGGCUUCAUCUAGUUUUGAUCAUGUUCUGCUGCCUUCAUCUGGUUUCCCUGUCAGGUCAACAAGAAACCGGGUUUGUCUACAAUGGCUUCCAUCAAGCAGAUCUCCAUAUUGAUGGAAUCGCUAGAGUCCUUCCUGGUGGGAUUUUGCAGUUGACAAAUGAUUCACAGUUUAAAAUGGGUCAUGCUUUCUUCAACAUGCCAUUUGAUUUUGAUCCAUAUUAUACCAUCUCCUUCUAUACACAUUUUGUGUGUGCGUUGGUGCCUCUUCAGCUGGGAACUAGUGGCGGACACGGGGUGGCUUUUGUUUUAUCUCCUUCUAUGGAUCUCUCUCAUGCACUCCAAGCUCAGUACUUGGGCGUCUUCAGCAACCCCACAAAUGGAACUUCCCCUCCUCAGCUGAUAGCUAUUGAGCUUGAUACCAUUGAGUCAUUAGGAAUUGAUGUGGUGGAAAAGCCUCAUGUUGGGAUUGAUUUGAACAGCCCAACAUCUAUUGAAUCCACUCUCCCGUCUUACUUUUCCCAUGCCUUAGGGAAGAAUGUAAGCAUAAAUCUCCUGAGUGGUCUGCCUAUCCAGGUUUGGGUGGAUUACGAUGGAGCCUCCCUUAACGUUACUCUGGCCCCUAUAGAUAUACAGAAACCAGAUCAGCCUCUUAUGUCAAGGCCCAUCAAUCUUUCAGAAUUUUUUCAAAAUAAAAUGUUUGUUGGGUUCUCUGCAGCAACAGGGCAAUUGACCAGUAACCAAUUUAUACUUGGGUGGAGUUUCAGUAGAAGCAAAGAACUAUUACAGAACCUGGACCUCUCUAAGCUCCCUCAGGCUCCUCUUCCUAGAGAAAAACAACAUCCUCUUCUGUCUCCACCGCUUAUUGGUUUGGUCAUCUUAUCGGUGAUCCUAGUGCUGCUGGUUCUCGGAGUAGUUUAUUGGUACAGGAGAAACAAGUACGCGGAAGUGAGAGAAUCGUGGGAAAAGGAAUACGGUCCACAUAGAUUCUCCUACAAGUCUCUCUACAAAGCAACAAAUGGGUUUGGAAAAGAUUGUUGUGUUGGGAAAGGUGGGUUUGGAGAUGUGUACAAAGGAACUCUGCCCCUAAGUAGGCAUAUAGCUGUGAAAAGACUGUCACACAAUGCAGAGCAAGGAAUGAAACAGUUUGUGGCUGAAGUUGUGACUAUGGGAAGUUUACAGCACCGGAACUUGGUUCCUCUUCUCGGGUAUUGUAGGAGGAAAGGCGAGUUGCUUCUGGUCUCUGAGUACAUGCCCAACGGCAGUCUUGACAAGUACUUGUUUCAUGACCAAAACCCAUCUCCUUCAUGGUUGCAAAGGAUUUCUAUUCUUAAGGACAUCGCCUCGGCUCUAAAUUACCUUCAUACAGGAGCCACGCAAGCUGUUUUGCACCGGGAUAUUAAAUCUUCUAAUGUUAUGUUAGAUUCUGAUUUCAAUGGAAGAUUAGGAGAUUUUGGUAUGGCCAGGUUUCAUGACCCAAGAGCCAACUUAUCUGCAACAGCCGCUGUGGGAACCAUAGGUUACAUGGCACCUGAGCUAAUCACAAUGGGAACUUCUACAGAAACUGAUGUUUAUGCCUUUGGUGCUUUCCUUCUUGAAGUAAGUUGUGGGAGGCGGCCUGUGGAACCGGAGCUGCCAGUGGAAAAGCAAUACUUGAUCAAAUGGGUCUGUGUAUGCUGGAAACAGGCUUCUUUACUUGACACCAUAGAUCCAAGAUUGGGAGGAGAAACUUUAUUCAAGGAAGUUGAGAUGGUUCUUAAACUUGGAUUGCUCUGCACAAAUGCGAUACCAGAAGCAAGGCCUACCAUGGGACAAGUGGUGCAGUACCUAAACCUGGACCUACCCUUGCCAGAUUUCUCGCUGAAUAGUCCAGGUAUUGGAGCGUUUAUGCCAGUGUCAAUGGAACCAUCAUCUACCAUUAGUGCCUCCAAUUCAAGGAGCACAUCAAUACCUAUGUUUGUUACUCAUACAAUCCUGAGAGGGAGUGGUAGAUGAGAGAUAUAUUUAUGAAACUGUGUGUGCUCUGCAUCUAAUGUCUUGAGCUACUUAAAAUGUAUUUACCCAAGAAACAAUGGUGUUGGCGGUUAUAAUUGUAUCUGUGAUCUUGUGUGCAUAGUUUUUUUCAAGUGAGAAAGUGGCCAAAAGAGUUUAUAAGAUCGUAUAAUAUUGGUUAACUUUUUUUAUGUUA